AUGUUCAUUCUCUUAUGGCUGCUAAUCACAGUCCAUGGUGGCUCUCUAUCAAGACACAAGAUUUUGGAAGUUGAGAGAAAAUUAAAGUAUCUUAGAAGACAUUCCUUAAAAACUAUCGAGAGUGAAGAUGGGGAUAUAAUUGAUUGUAUUGAUAUUAAUAAACAACCAGCAUUUGAUCAUCCUGCAUUGAAGGAUCACAAAAUUCAGAUGACUCCUACUCAUAAUUCAGCCAAAGAGGACGUAACAUCGGGAUCAAGAACUUCAAGAAAUGGAAAGAAUUCAAAGAGUGGAAAAAUGAUGAAUGAAUCUUUGAGUGUGACUUCACAAGUGUGGCAGAAAAGUGGAAAAUGUCCAAAGGGAACAAUAGCAGUUAGAAGAAUAAGAAAAAGAGAGCUACUGAAGGCUCAUUCAAUUGAAGAAUAUGGAAGGAAGAAGCCAAGCUUCUCUCACCAUCAACAUGGUCAAGUGAAUAAGAAUCUUGAUUCCUUUGUUCAACUUAAAAACCACUCUAAGGCAAUAUUGUUUACAGUUGGUUACCGUUAUCUGGGAGGAAAAGCAGACCUGAGAGUGUGCAACCCUUUUGUUGAAAAAGAUGAUGAAUACAGCACUACUCAAGUCGCUCUCUUAACAGGCCCACACAAUGACUUUGAAUGUGUUCAAUCUGGUUGGGCAGUGAAUCCCAGUGUAUAUGGAGAUAGACAAACUCGAUUAUUUGUAUACUGGACGGCUGAUGGUUCAAAGAAAAGUGGUUGCUUUGAUCUAACUUGUCCUGGGUUUAUUCAGACUAGCAAUGAGAUUGCCUUGGGUGCUGCUAUAUAUCCAAUCUCAAUUCCUGGUGACCUUCCAUACGUAAUAACAAUUUACAUCUUUAAGGAUCCCUAUACCAACAAUUGGUGGGUGCAAUAUGGUGAGAAGACCAACAUAGGUUACUGGCCACCGGAGUUGUUUGAAACAAUACUUUACAAUGCACAAUCUGUGGAGUGGGGUGGUGAAGUUUACAGUACAACUAUUGGACAAACUCCUCACACAGCAACACAAAUGGGCAAUGGCCAAUUUGCUUCAGUUUUGUCUUUUUCAUCUGCAAUAACAAGAAUGAGAAUUCAUGACAACUCUGACGUCUUGAAAAUCCCAGAAUUGGUCUAUGAUUAUUCUGAUGAAUAUAAUUGCUAUGAUGUUUGGUUAAUGUCAGAUUACAUCGAUGAUCCUCAAUUCUAUUAUGGGGGUCCUGGUAGAAAUCCAAAGUGCCCUUAACUUAUUCAUAAUUAAUGCUUCAACCAAUUACAUGU